AUGACUGCCGCUGACAUUGAGCGCCGCUGCAACGACCUCAUUGCUGCGUGGAAAGACCAGAAGCUGACCUUUGCAGAGUACAAGUACCGCGGCGAGAUCACCCUGGACGUGGAGCACGCGGAGGCCUCGAGGAAGGGCUUCCAGGAGGCGGCGGGUGCCGUGAGCUCGAUGCUCUCAUCGCCGGACAGUUCCCCCAUGCGCGAAACGCUCGCUGGCUUCCUGAAGCAGCUGAAGGGCGUCAGCGAGACGCUUGGUCUAUGGAUCGAGGUGCAAACUGCCUGGGUGCCGUUGGAGGAGGCCUUCUCCAAGGGUGACAUCGCGAGGCAGCUGCCAGAGGAGGCGAAGUGCUUUGUGGGCGUCGACAAGGCGUGGACAAACAUCAUGACCGAGGCCAAAGCGCAGCCCAACAUUCUCGAGUUCUGCGGGAGCGAGCUGCUGCAGACCCUGCCGGCCCUGAAGGAGCAGCUCGCUGAGUGCCAGAGGAAGCUUUCAGCGCACCUCGCGGCAACGCCCCACUGA